GCCGGCGGCGAGGGGCGCCGCGGGGUCCCGGCUCCGGGCAGCCCCCGCGCGGUGCAGCCUGGGCGAACAUGGCCGCUUCCGGUCUCCCUCCCAGGCCGGCCCUGGCCUGACUGCGGCCCCUGCCCGGCGCGCUCGGCCCUCCGUGCUCGGCCCUCCGGAGCGGCAGCCGAGGAGGUCCCUUCAGCCUUUCGCUCGAGCGGCCGUCCCUGCCGCGUCAUGGAGAAGAGCUCGAGCUGCGAGAGUCUCGGCUCCCAGCCCGCCGUGGCUCGGCCGCCCAGCGUGGACUCCCUGUCCAGUUAAUGUGUUAAGAGCCAUUGGCAUUUGAAGAUCAUCAGAAGUGAAGAUAAAACAUCUCAGAUAUUAUAAUGGUCUCAAAGAAGACCUGUGUAGUUGAACUGGGGAAAACAAGAGGAAGAUAUAGAAGAGGAAGCUUGGAGUAGGAGUCAUGGGUCAUACGCCAACCGGAGGCCGUGUGCCUCUACUUCUCAUUCAGAGAACUCAGUGCAUACAAAAUCAGCUUCUGUUAUAUCAUCAGAUUCCAUUUCGACUUCUGCAGACAACUUUUCUCCUGAUUUGAGGGUCCUGAGGGAGUCUAACAAAUUAGCAGAAAUGGAAGAACCACCCUUGCUUCCAGGAGAAAAUAUUAAAGACAUGGCCAAAGAUGUAACUUACAUAUGUCCAUUCACUGGUGCUGUACGAGGAACACUGACUGUCACAAAUUACAGGCUGUAUUUCAAAAGCAUGGAGCGGGACCCCCCAUUUGUUUUAGAUGCUUCUCUUGGUGUGAUAAGUCGAGUGGAAAAAAUUGGUGGUGCUUCUAGUCGAGGUGAAAAUUCUUAUGGAUUAGAAACCAUGUGCAAGGAUAUUAGGAAUUUACGAUUUGCUCAUAAACCUGAGGGGCGAACAAGAAGAUCUAUAUUUGAGAAUCUGAUGAAAUAUGCAUUUCCUGUCUCUAAUAAUCUGCCUCUGUUUGCUUUUGAAUACAAAGAAAUAUUUCCAGAAAAUGGAUGGAAGCUGUAUGACCCUCUUUUAGAGUACAGAAGGCAGGGAAUUCCAAAUGAAAGUUGGAGAAUAACAAAGGUAAAUGAACGAUAUGAACUUUGUGACACAUAUCCUGCACUCUUGGUUGUGCCAGCAAAUAUUCCUGAUGAAGAAUUAAAGAGAGUGGCGUCCUUCAGGUCAAGGGGCCGUAUCCCAGUUUUAUCAUGGAUUCAUCCUGAAAGUCAAGCCACAGUCACUCGAUGCAGCCAGCCCCUGGUGGGAGUGAGUGGGAAGCGAAGUAAAGAGGAUGAAAAAUACCUUCAAGCUAUCAUGGAUUCCAACGCCCAAUCUCACAAAAUCUUUAUAUUUGAUGCCCGACCAAGUGUUAAUGCUGUUGCCAAUAAGGCAAAAGGUGGAGGUUAUGAAAGUGAAGAUGCUUAUCAAAAUGCAGAGCUAGUUUUUCUGGAUAUCCACAAUAUUCAUGUUAUGAGAGAGUCAUUACGGAAACUUAAGGAGAUUGUGUACCCAAAUAUUGAGGAAACUCAUUGGCUGUCUAACUUAGAAUCUACACACUGGCUAGAGCAUAUUAAGCUUAUUCUUGCAGGGGCUCUUAGGAUUGCUGACAAGGUAGAGUCAGGGAAGACUUCUGUGGUAGUGCAUUGCAGUGAUGGUUGGGAUCGCACAGCUCAGCUAACUUCCCUUGCUAUGCUCAUGUUAGAUGGAUACUAUCGAACCAUCCGAGGAUUUGAAGUCCUUGUGGAAAAAGAGUGGCUAAGCUUUGGACAUCGAUUCCAACUAAGAGUUGGCCAUGGAGAUAAGAACCACGCAGAUCCAGACAGAUCACCUGUUUUCCUUCAGUUUAUUGAUUGUGUCUGGCAAAUGACAAGACAGUUUCCUACUGCAUUUGAAUUCAAUGAGUACUUCCUCAUUACCAUUUUGGACCAUCUAUACAGCUGUUUAUUUGGAACAUUCCUCUGUAAUAGUGAACAGCAGAGAGGAAAAGAGAAUCUUCCUAAAAGGACUGUGUCAUUGUGGUCUUACAUAAAUAGCCAGCUGGAAGACUUCACUAAUCCUCUCUAUGGGAGCUAUUCCAAUCAUGUCCUUUAUCCAGUAGCCAGCAUGCGCCACCUAGAGCUUUGGGUGGGAUAUUAUAUAAGGUGGAAUCCACGCAUGAAACCACAGGAACCUAUUCACAGCAGAUAUAAAGAACUUCUUGCUAAACGAGCAGAGCUUCAGAAAAAAGUAGAAGAACUACAGAGAGAAAUCUCCAACCGCUCGACCUCAUCGUCAGAGAGAGCCAGCUCUCCUGCACAGUGUGUCACUCCUGUCCAAACUGUUGUAUGAAUGGACUGUUAGAUUAGAGGCAUCAUUGCUACGAACUCUUCAUUACUGUGGCAGCUUUAUGAGUAGAAAUUCUUCCAUAUUUCAACUCAUCUAUGAGAGAAAAAGUUCAGAUGCUUUAUUUUGUCUAAGAUGAGUCUAUAACUACAGCAGUGUGGGUGGCUCCCUUUGUAAUUACAGUUAUGACACUAACCUUAUGUCACCCAAAAUAUAUUAAAAUACUUCAAUUCUGUAUCUACAGUGGAAACAAGUUUCUAAUUUAAAGGGAAAAACUUCAGGAUCUUUUAAAAGCAAAAUACCGACUACUUUAGAAAUAUACUUCUGGGUAGCAGAAAGAUCACUGCAGAGAAUAGUUUUCAAACCAAAUCAACAUUGAAAUUUUAUGGAAUCACAUAUAUUGCCUUGACAUGACAGUUUAAAAUCAUACUUUUUUUUCUUUGUUGUAAUUGACUUUGAUCCACUUUAAAUUUCAUGCUUAAUAAGUACAAGGCAAAUUUGAAAAUGAUACAGUAUAGCUGAAAGCUGUUGCUGGCACUGUUUAUAUGCUUUAUUAGAGUGUUUUUAGAUAGCUAUUCCAAAAGCCUUACAGAAUGGUUUUGGGGAUGAUGAAGGGGACAAAACAGCAGCUAUUGUGAGUUGAAGGAACUCCAUAUGCUUCACCUAAUUGUCCAAUUUCAAGAACAUUUUAAAAACUGAACUUUACUUAAAUAAUGCUAAUUGGCAAGUUCUAAGGCAAUAUAGACUUUUUUUCCUUAAGUCUGUAUAAAUAGCUUAUGGUGAGAAGUACUGUACUCAAAAUUUACAUGAAUUAGUUUACUACUAGUUUCCUUUGCGCAAAUUCUGUAAUUCCAUCAAAUGAUUUGAGUCUACCAAAGAAUAUACUGCAUGUAAAGAUGAAUACAAUCUCAAUGCCAGUAAAAGAAAUCUUGCUUCACUGUUCGCCUGAGUUUGGUGCUGGUAUAAAUAUUUGACUUCUUGAUGUCUACUUUAUAUAAGAGCCAUAUGUAAUGUACUGUAACAAACAAGCUUCUUUCCCUUGGUCUUUUAAUUAAAAGAAAUUUCAACUAAUUUAAAA